UAACCAAAGGGAGGUUUACAGCAGUGACCUCUAUCGACAAAGAAUUGGGACAUGCGCACAUGUAUUUAGAGUGGAAGUUCCAUAAUGGGUCAGAACCAGUCUGGAGCUGGAGCAGGAAGAGAUGGAGAUAAGAAGGAUGACAAGGAUAAAAAGAGAAAAUAUGAGCCCCCAAUCCCUACAAGGGUGGGGAAGAAGAAGAAAAAGGUGAAAGGACCUGAUGCUGCUAUGAAGUUACCACAAGUUACACCCCACACAAGAUGUCGAUUAAAGUUGCUGAAACUAGAGCGUAUCAAGGACUAUUUGCUAAUGGAGGAAGAGUUUCUCAGAAAUCAAGAAAGACUCAAACCCCAAGAAGAAAAGCAAGAGGAGGAACGGUCCAAGGUGGACGACCUCCGCGGCACACCUAUGUCAGUGGGUAACCUGGAGGAGAUCAUAGACGAUAACCACGCUAUUGUGUCCACAUCUGUAGGCAGUGAACAUUACGUCAGCAUUCUCUCCUUUGUGGAUAAAGAUGCUCUGGAACCAGGCUGCUCUGUCCUGUUAAAUCACAAAGUUCAUGCAGUGAUAGGAGUUCUAUCAGAUGACACAGACCCUAUGGUAACUGUAAUGAAGUUAGAUAAAGCGCCGCAGGAGACAUACGCAGAUAUAGGGGGGCUGGACCAGCAAAUACAAGAAAUAAAGGAAUCAGUAGAGUUACCACUAACUCAUCCAGAAUACUAUGAAGAAAUGGGAAUAAAGCCUCCAAAGGGGGUCAUUCUUUAUGGACAACCUGGGACAGGAAAAACACUUUUAGCUAAAGCUGUUGCUAACCAGACAUCAGCUACAUUUUUGCGGGUCGUUGGCUCAGAGCUUAUACAAAAAUAUUUGGGUGACGGCCCCAAGCUGGUCAGAGAACUAUUCAGAGUGGCGGAGGAGCAUGCGCCCUCUAUUGUCUUCAUUGAUGAAAUUGACGCUGUUGGCACAAAAAGAUACGAGUCUAACUCGGGUGGAGAGAGGGAGAUUCAGAGAACUAUGUUAGAGCUGUUGAAUCAGCUGGAUGGGUUUGACUCAAGGGGAGAUGUAAAGGUUGUGAUGGCCACCAACAGAAUCGAGACCCUGGACCCAGCCUUGAUCAGACCAGGUCGUAUUGACAGGAAGAUAGAAUUUCCGCUGCCAGAUGAGAAGACAAAGAGAAGAAUCUUUACCAUUCAUACCAGCAGGAUGACCCUAGCUGACGAGGUCAACUUGGAGGAACACAUCAUGGCCAAGGAUGACCUGUCUGGGGCAGAUAUCAAGGCUAUCUGUACAGAGGCAGGUCUUCUAGCUCUACGUGAGAGAAGAAUGAAGGUCACUAAUGAGGACUUUAAGAAAGCCAAAGAGAAUGUUCUCUACAGAAAGAAUGAGGGCACACCAGAAGGACUGUACUUGUAACCUUGACACUGUGUUUAUCAACUACAUAGUAACUCAGCAGACAUCAGCUUAUCCUGGCUGUGUGUCAUUUUGAAUAUGCUGUGAACAUAUUUCAGUGACAUAGGCAACUCAUUCCUCGGAUAUUGAGCAAGGCAUACAAUCUGAGCUGAUUCAGUUUGGAUAAAAAAAUUUUCCCCUUUUGGCAUCAACAUGGAUAGCAAUGGACACGUAAACUAAAGUGCAUCUUGGGAGUGCAUUUUUAGCAGAGGGUAGUUAUUCUGUUACUUGAAAAGGAUGUAUGUUGUCUUUGGACAUAAAAACAGCCAAUUGAAAAAGGGAAAAUUGAAAAUGAGGGGGGGUAUGACAUUGCUCUUAAAUAUUGAAUAAAGCAUUUGAAUUAAUUAA